CACAAUGCGACGCAUCCAUUCGUACCCCUCCCAAGAUCCAUAAUACACGGGGUUUGUACCUAACACCGCACGCCUAGAGUCAAGUCCGCCAUUGCGCACAUCCGAUCCAGAGUGUUGCAACAAUGCGAACCAUUUUUAUCUUAAACCAGAGAAAAUCCCUUCAAAUGGAAUAACAACUGCAAGAAAGAAACCGUAUUGGAUUAUUUACAUGUGGAUUUCAUUUUUGGAUUUACCAUUGUUGUUUUUAAGAUGUGAGGCCUCUGUAAUGCAAUGACAAAUAUUCUGAUGAUGGCUUUAGACUUGCUUUGGGAACUGCUCCACUUGCGUAGCAAGGCACAGAGACCCUUUAUUCUAGGCGCCAUUUUGCUUUCUUUUGUUAUUUUCGUCACCAAUGGUGAAAAUGUUUAUUCUUUUCCAACCGUAUGCGAAAGAUUUCCUGAUAUCCAUUGUCCAAACGGAGAGUGUGCGAGAUACGAACAAAUAAAAUGUGAUAAUGGCCAAUGUAACAACUCAACGGGUCUGUGUGAAUGCGACCCAUGCUGGGCAGGCAAAAGCUGCGAUAUACUUGAAAACAAUUUUCUUCCUUCAUUUGAAGAGUCAUCGUUGAGUGCGGUGGUGUAUAAAAAUAAUGUAGAUGACGUCAUUACAUACGUCACCGCCACGGAUAAAGACGGCGAAAAAUGCCAAGACAGCGACGCGGACUGUCCAUGCGCGCGAAUUCUUUACGCCCUUGAGAGCGGAAACGAGGAAUCUCUGUUCCGCAUUCAUCCAAAGACGGGAGCCAUCCAACUCUCGGGAAAAGGUAUCCGGGACAAGAGUGAAUUCCCGCGCGCAGGAACAAAGGUGAAAUUGGUGGUAUCGGCGCGGAAUCCCGUGCACCGGUCGCGGAGUAGGAUAACACGAGAACAGGAGGACGGUGAUAAUGUUGUGGGCACGAUGAUUGUGAUGGUUGAAUUCGACGAUGAACCGGACACCGAGGUUGGAUUCGAUAGGUACAGGAAGAUGGAAAACCAUGCGAACAAUGAUGUCGGCUCUCGUUUCAGGAGGUCCCUCGAUGAUGACGAAUCACAGGCAGUGCACUCAAGACGGAGAAGAUCGAAUCCAGGAGCACCGAGCGAAGCGACAUUCUUCCUGGAGAAAAUCGGCAACGCCGUCAACAUGACCGAAGUCAACAUCGGCGAGGUCAUCGAACUUCAGCUUACACUCUGGCUGCCGUCAGGUACCACGGCUGACGUCGAUGUCGAGUUAAUUUCGGAGAACGAAAACGGCGCCGUGUUCAUUCUGUUUGAUCCAAGCGUCACGACCGUGGGCGGCAACUAUCCGAGCUUCGAUACGAACGGCGUGGUGACGUCAUAUUACGCGUCAGCAGGAGAUGGAAGGUAUGAUCGCAUCUUGAUGAAGUUGGGCGACAUCACAAACAAUGCCGACGAUGAGGAUGACGACGAGGCUAACCAGAUCGAAAUCCAGUUCAAGGCGAUCCUGACCGUCAAUGACGCUACCCAGUACGGCGUCGAGUACGACCUCUCAGCCGCCGUCACCUGUGGGUCCAGCGACGACAUCUGGGCCGGCACCACGGCCUUCACGCCCGUCGACGACCGCGCUGAUUGGGCCGUCGCGUCACCCAUCGUCUUAAUAUCGGGUCCCGAUGGCCAAAAUAUGAGCGUUGAGUCGUCGGCGCUAUUCUCUAUCGACAUCGUUCUCCGUAACUACGCCUCAGAAAACGUCGUCGUCGAGCUGAUUGCAGACAACUUCACCGUGGACCCUCUCAUGACGAUCUGCGAUUAUGAAUUAACUGGGAAAGGGUCGAACUAUGACUGCAUGUCAGACGAGUCGUAUUCACUUUCGACGAAAGAGGUCAACGGAACAAUCUGGACUGUGCUGUCGACCCUUGACCUUGGAACAUGGGUCAACCAAGGACUUCGGUAUGGUGCAUCGACCACGGCCAGCAAUACGAUCAGCACGGAAGCCGUCGUGCAUCUCACAGACAGUACCGAGAUCGUGGAUUAUUCGACCUACUGGUUUGGUGUGGCUGUAUCAGUCAAUGACGAGAUGAUCUACUCGAACCAAUAUGGUAUCCAUGCACAGCCGCUCAGCUCCCCAGAUAUGACGACCGAACCGACCAUUGAUUUCUAUCCCAUCGAUGGCAACCAAGUGGUGGUCGGAGCUUGCGUCGGUUUCGUAGUGACCAUUGAUCUUCAGGAGGAGGUGACGUCACGUCUCAUAGUUGACCUCUCGCUGCCCGUGACCUCGAACUCGGAGACCCAGAUGAGAGUGUGCAGCGCGCAGGUAGUAUCGGCGGGCUACAACCUCCCGUGUGCGUCGAAGGUGGUGCCGACAUAUGUCGAGCUCGAUGGAGAGAACAAGGACUAUGUCCGCUUAGACUUUGGUCGGGUGACUAACGUAGGGAGACGCUCAGAGAGUGGGGAUAGCGAGCUCAAGGUUCACAUCAGUGCACAGCUCCUCUUUGAAGCACCGGAUGCAACAAAUGGAACAGAGCUAACAGUGACGGCUGGUGUCCGAUACGAGAUGGAACAGAACGAUCUCAUUUGGAUGGUCCAGUACCCUCUUCUCGCUGUUGAUCAACCAUUAGCGGACUAUAGUUCGGCUGCCAAGGAACCGAGCUUCACACUGACCAACCGUGCUAAAGAUGGCUUCCUCUACCCGAAGUCGGCCGUCUCCUUUGAGAUCGAGAUCGAGAUCCCGGCCGAGACGACCCAUUCUGACCUCACGGUGAUCAUAAAGGCGCCCAAGGACGACCGGGAUAUGAUCAAGCCAUUUAUGAGCAUCUGCCGGGUCGAAGUCCUGAGCGUUAGCGAGUUGUUCCCGUGCUACGACGCCAACCGGACGGUCUUCACGCACGAAAGCAUUUCCAAUAACUCCGAUGCCAUUGACAAAACCACGGUGAACCUGGGCGUGAUCAGCAAUACUUACCUCGAUGAGAUGAUGACGGCGGAUCCUGACGUCAAGGCGACGGUCACCCUGGCCGUCUUCAUGCAUUGGGAAGAUCACGAGUACCAUGAGGACGAUGCCACGCUCUCGGUCACUGUGAUGGCGGAGUGGGGUCAUGCAGGGACGUGGUCCAACACCAUCGACUACGUCACCGAGCUGGAUACCUAUCCCGCAUUGGACAGUUCGGGCGAGAGUCCUCAGUUCCAGAUGUCGCUCGACGCCGGUCGUUCCCGGCACCUGAAGGCCGGAGGAACCGCUGUUUACACACUGUUCAUGUACACGCCCGUCAACUCGGUCACUACAUACGCUCUCGAUGUCGCCGCGCCCAACGACACACUCUCCGUCUGCCGUGCUCACUUUCGAUCCGGCGGUGAGAACGUACCGUGUUUCGAUGAACGUCAGGAGAUGUUGAUAUCGGACGAGGAAGAUGGACAUCGUGAUCAAGCCUUCCUGGAUCUUGGCCCAGUCAGAAAUACAGGGAUCACAACAAUAAAUCAGGUGGAUAAUCGAAUAGUCGCUCAAGUAGUAGUCAAGUUGGAAGAAGCGGCUCUGCCACCGGAUAACCUCACCUUACCGGAUCCCCAAGGAUUUGGUGUGACUAUACAAGUCGGAGAGACGGAUAGUUGGAGCUUUGCAGACACAUUGACUGUGGAUACGAAUGAAACUAUUCCGAAUAAUCUGAAUCCUCUCCCAGAAGCGACGUUCACCAAGCUCAACGCCGCCGAAUCUCGAGUCACCAUCGGCAGCGUGGUUGAGUUCAACCUCGACAUUUUUAUUCCACCCGAGUCCAUCGCCCAGUACGAAGUCGACUUUCAAAGCGACGUCGACCAGCCGUACAAGAUGACGAUCUGCGAGGCGAGGAUUAUCGCGACCGGGUGGAACAUCCCGUGUUUGAAUGGAUCCUUCAUCGAGACCAUGUAUAACUCGUCGACGGACGACGAGCACAUCGACAUGGCCUAUCUUGACGCGGGUGUCAUCACGAACAUGAGGAUGAAGAGCGAGGAACUUCCAGUCAAGUAUAACAAAAACAUGGUUCGAGUCCAACUCCUGACUCGUCUCGAGCUCAACGAUUCGAUUGUGGAAGGUGAUGAAUUCUGGUUGGGCGGAGCGGUCAAAAUCAACGGCUUCAAUGAGAUCAUUCUCCAGUCAGGAUUCAAUGCUACAGAAGAUCCCUUGUAUCCUGAGACCUUCACUAAGCCGACGUUCCACGUGAAGCGACCCCGUGGCAACCUUAGCCUUACCAUCGGCGAGAAGGCCCGCUACUAUCUCAACAUUUCUACCAUCGUUACAACCACCCCCUUGGCCAUCAACCUCUCUCUGCCCAUCGCUGGCGACGAAGCCUUCCUCACUAUCACCGACAUCCAGCUCGAAAGCGUUGGCAAGAAUUUCGGCUGCUUCCAGCUGUGGGAUGAAGAGUUCAUCCCGACCACAGUGUCGUCGUUGGGUUCGUCUCAGAACGACACCGCGCUCAUUGACUUCGGCGUCAUAUCAAAUCACGGUACGUCGCACAAAUACCAGUACCUACCCUCCGAACUCGGUGACGAUGAUAUCAUUGUCUCCUUCGAGAUCCAGCUGGCUGACCACUACCAGCUGGUCAAUGAAACCCUGCUCGAUUUCACCAUCACCUUCCUAUAUAGUCUGGACAGGGAGGAGGUCUUCACUGAAACGAUAGAAGCGCUCAUGAUGCCCGGUGAUCUUCCAAUCAUGGACAUCAACAUGACCAUCGAAGACUAUGACAUCAGAGACGUUCACCAAGGUGACGUCGUCUAUGGCAGUAUCUCGUUGAAACACAACGAGAGGUCGUCAUCGCACGCACAUGCUGUCAUGAUCAACAUGAUGACGCCUCAUUACAUCGGCGUCGACCCCUUGAUCGAGAUCGAAGGACCAUCGCUCUGUACCGAAACCAGCGAUGAGGGGAUCAAAUUUCACUUCGCCGAGAUGUAUUUCACUGACAUCUUCACCAUGUGGUUCAACGUCACCAUCGAUGAGGACCGCUACAUGCCGAUUGAACUGGACGUUAUCAACACCACAGUGCCGCUCGAGGUCAUCUACUACAAGACCGGUGGACUCGAUGAUGAUGAUAACGUCAUCCUUGGUGACGUGUUCAGUACCGAUCUUGAGCUCCUUGAUCUCACAUUUACAAUUGAAGCUUGCGCAGAACGUUUGGCUUACGCCAUGAAUAGGGAUUGCCAAUUUACGGCGAGCUCAACGCUCAACGAUUCUCACGCUCCCCAUACAGCGACGAUGAAUUCACAGACAGGUUGGGCACCCGGCUCUCGAUACACUCUUCCCUACCUUGGCAACGAUUAUCUGCAGGUCAAAUAUUCCUCAUUGAUGCGAUUCAGUGGUAUACAAAUGCAGCAGGGACCCAACGGAACACACUAUGUUGAUUCAUUCCAAAUCAGCUACAGCGAGCAAGACCUCGUCUGGUUCAACUAUGAGGAGGAUGGCUCCGUUAUGACAUUUCAAAACGAUUACGACACUUUUGUCCCGGAAGUGAAUGUGACGGACGAUCCGUCAGUGAUCCACCUCUUUGCCAAUCCGUUUAACGCUCGGUUUAUCCGAAUUCGGCCUCAAACACACAAGGAUGAUACCAAUUACCCGAUCUUGCGGUUUGAACUCUUUGGGUGUCUCCGGGAACUAAGUAGUAGUGGAACAGAUGUCUGCCAUAUGGAGCAUAAAAGAGAACUAGGUUACUAUGAACGCGGAUUCCUAGUCGAUCCGAUAACAGGGACAGUCUACGUCUGUAUUCUAGAAUAUAUCGACGGCCCUACACGAUGUUCAUAUUCAAAGGACAACGGUACGACUUGGGAAGCGAUCGAUAACAACGCCGCCAACGUGCUGGGCAUCCACAACGAAACAAGCGAGCUCUUCGGACUCUCUCAGAACGAAGAGGCCAUCGUCAUCAGCACCGAUCUCGGUGACAACUUCUACAGCACCAAUUCAGACUACUAUUUCGAUCUCCUGGGUGAACCCGGGCGGAUCGUCGAGACGAUGCAGAUACCGUGGGAUGACAUCGCCGACGAACCCGAUAAUGAUUACUGGGAGUAUAGCAUGAUGACGUUGCCUGAGCCCCUGAGCAAUACGACCACAGCGAGCAUAUCCAUGGAAUGGGCUGGUGCCAAAUCUGGUCUCUAUCUCCGUGAAAUAUUCUUCGAUGGAAUGAACUCGACAAUGAUUUCAAACUGGACGUUGAUAGGUGAUUGGGGUUAUCCGUAAUUCGAAUCCCUCGUCGACCACGAAUCGCCGUGAUUGCGUUUUUUUUAAAGUAUUUUUUUUGCCUCUGGUAUUUUAAUUUAAUAGUUUAUGCCGGGGGCUCAUGUAAAUGUCUAGCAAAAUAAAAAGGCGGUCUGUAUAAUUAUCAACUUUCUUGAUUCAUUUCAAAAUGUCAAAAUAAAUACCCAAAAUAUAUAGAAAUAAAAAA